AUGCCCACCCACAGAGAUCCGGAUGAGCUUGAAGAGUUAUUACAAUAUAUGGCACCUGGAAGUACAAUAGACGAUAUCGUUAGUGAUAGUAACAGUGAUGAUGAAGUUGGUAAUUAUCGCGUUAUGCAUGGAGGUCGUCGGUGUGAUGCUGCGCGUAUUGUAUUAGGUUCUGCGCCUGGUACCAAUACUCAGCGUGAGACAACGUCAUUAAGUAAAAUGCAACCCUCAAAACACACUACAAAUAAUGCCAGUGUAUUACGUAGGAUACGUGUGGAUGAGUUUUAUGGGGACGUCGCCCCUGGUGUGGGUGGUGGCGGUAGCAGUAGUGUAAAUCAGAGGACAAUUAAUGAUCUUAAAGAUGUGGCGCAUUCCAACCGACUCGCCUCCACGCAGGCACCGCGAGAUGUGGACCGAUCGGAACGGGCAACUGUAGAGAAUGUCAUGGACCCACGGACCCGGUUGUUGUUAUACAAACUUGUGAACAGCGGUCAGCUUCGUGAGAUUAAUGGUUGUGUGUCAACUGGAAAGGAGGCAAAUGUUUACUACGCAGUUGCUGGUGAUGGGAGCCCAGCCGCUGUGAAGGUGUUCAAGACGUCUAUUCUUGUGUUCAGAGACCGCGAUAAAUACGUGUCUGGGGAGUUCAGGUUCCAGCGGUACUGUAAAAGUAACCCACGCAAAAUGGUGCGUACGUGGGCGGAAAAGGAAGCGCGCAAUUUGAACCGCCUGCAGGAUGGUGGAGUUCUUGCGCCUGCAGUGAUUCUUUUGCGGCAACAUGUUAUUGUAAUGGAAUUUCUUGGUGAGGACGGGUGGCCCGCGCCUCGGUUAAAAGAGGUCCGUUUCCCUUCUGCUGCAGCGUUGGACAAAUGCUACCUUGAUUUGUGCUGCACGAUGCGCAAAAUGUACGGUCGGAGUAAACUCAUUCAUGGAGACCUUUCCGAGUAUAAUCUUCUGUUGUACCGCGGCCGUGUUGUGGUUAUCGAUGUUUCGCAAUCGGUUGAAAAGGACCAUCCGCGUGCAAUGGACUUUUUGCGGCGUGAUAUCGUUAAUGUUAACGCCUUCUUUCGGACAAGAGGGCAUCAGCAGCUUUUCUCACUUCAAGACUUAUUUCACUUCAUCACGGCACCUCCGGCAUCUCGUGGCUGGCAGCGCUGCGAAGGAUCUGAUAACUCCUCGGAGAUUUUACAACAUUUGCUUUCUCUACGCGAGGAGCGUGAACGCGAAGGUAAUUUGACUGCUGUGGAUGAGGAUCAAGCCAAAGUGGAUGAACAAGUUUUUUUGAACAUCGCAGUACCACGUAGUCUUGGGGAAAUUGCAGACCACCGAGCUCCCAACGCAGAAAUUGCGCCAUACGUUGCCGAAAUGACAGCGGCACGUGCGGACUCGCUAGCGGAGGUAAAACACGAAAAUCAAAAAAAUAUGACUGAGGAAAAGAAUGAGGAAGAUGAGGAAAGUGAUGAUUAUGACGAAUGUGAAACGGAUGAUAGUGACGGUACGGAUGAUGACGGACAGGAAAGAGCCGGUAAAAGGGGGAAAAGCAACGAGAAGAAUGCCACUGCUGAGUACGAUGAUGACGGAGAGGGGCGGCAAUUACCCAAAACAAUUGCUGAGAUGACGAAGGAGGAGCGCAAAAUAUACCACAAGUCUGUGAAGGAGGCCAAUCGCGAGCGUCGUGCGAACAAGAAGAAGUCGAAAAAUGGAAAGGCGAAGAAAAAGAAAUAG